UCCAACGGUGGAGCGAUGGGAGUAGUAGUUGGAGCAGGUAUAAAUGCACCAGCACCAGCUGCACUUAGCUGAGUAGUACUGCAGUAGCUGAGGUAGCAGUGAGGGGAAAUGGAAUCUCAGAGUCACAGCAGUGAUGAUACGACGAUGAUAGCAGAGAGCGUGAGAGAGGUGCGGCAGACAUUUAGUUCAGGGAAAACGAGGGAGGAGUCGUGGCGGAGAGAGCAGCUGAAGAGGUUGCUGUCGCUGCUGCUGGAGAGAGAGGACGACAUCUGCAGAGCCCUCGGACAGGACUUGGGGAAGCAUCAUGUGGAGUCGUAUAGAGAUGAGGUAGGACCCUUGAUAAAAUCUGUCAAUUACGCGCUCCAGGGUUUGAAGAAAUGGAUGGCAGGCAGAAAGGCUGAAUUGCCACUGGCCGCAUUCCCUGCAAGCGCACAGUUAGUUCCUGAGCCUCUUGGAGUUGUCCUCAUCAUGUCUUCUUGGAAUUUUCCUUUUGGACUAUGUUUGGAACCGUUAGUAGGAGCAAUUGCUGCGGGGAAUGGUGCGGUUAUAAAACCAUCGGAGCUAUCUCCAGUAUCGUCGUCGGUAUUAGCUGAAUUAGUUCAUGCUUAUUUGGAUACAACGGCCAUAAAAAUCGUCCAAGGUGGUGUCUCAGUUGGUGAGCAGCUAUUGCAACAGAAAUGGGACAAGAUAUUUUUCACAGGUGGUGCUAAGGUGGGUCGUGUAGUUAUGACUGCUGCUGCCAGGAAUCUGACGCCGGUUGCAUUAGAAUUGGGGGGCAAAUGUCCUGCAGUCGUCGACGUUCUCUCAAGUUCUUGGGAUCAGAAGAUCGCGAUGAAACGGAUACUUUCAGCAAAGUUCGGGACGUGCGCUGGCCAGGCCUGCAUCGCCAUCGACUAUAUCCUAGUGGAAAAGAAGUUCUCAAGCACUUUGGUAGAACUGUUGAAGACUGCAAUAUUCAGCAUGUUCGGGGAAAAUCAGAAAGAAAACAUUGCAAGAAUAAUCAAUAAAAGUCAUUUUUCACGUUUGAGGAAUCUCUUAAAUGAACCAAUGGUUACAAACUCUAUUGUUCACGGCGGUUGGCUGGACGAAGAUAAUCUGUUUAUUGAACCGACUUUACUGCUCGAUCCCCCAGUUAAUUCUGGAAUUAUGAGUGAAGAAAUAUUUGGACCGUUGCUUCCUAUAAUCACUUUGGAGAGGAUUGAAGACAGCAUUGAAUUCAUAAAUUCAAUGCCUAGACCACUUGCAAUAUAUGCAUUCACAAAUAGUGAAGGACUCAAGAAAAAGUUGUCGUCCAGGACAUCUUCAGGAAGCAUCGUUUUUAAUGAUGCUAUUAUCCAAUAUGUUGCUGAUAGUUUUCCGUUUGGAGGAGUUGGAGAGAGUGGGUUCGGAAGGUAUCAUGGGAAGUUCUCAUUCGAGGUGUUCUCCCACGAGAAGGUGAUUGCAAGAAGAAGCUUCCUGGUGGAUUUUUGGUUCAGAUAUCCUCCCUGGAAUGACCACAAGUUACAGCUCUUCAAAUCAGCCUACGUCUUUGAUUACCUCGGAAUUCUUCUCAUUCUUUUGGGCUUGAAAAAGUCGUGAUUUAAGAGGGUUCAACACAAUAACCACCAAAAUGCGUCUCUUUGCUAUGUAGCAAUAAUACGAACGUAAAGUAGUCGGGUUUCCAUUGUGUAAAAAAUUGGCCAUCUUUCUACAGUGUGAUGAGGUAUUGCUAGCUGGCUGCAUGCAUUUGUAUUUAUUGUGAGGAAUGAUGUAGAUUGUAAUGAUGUGCAAAAUUCAAACUAGUUUCGCAGAUUGGAACUCUUUAUUCUACA